CCUCCCCAGCAUCCUCAACCGCUCCCAGGGGAGCGCUGCUUCGAGGUGACCCCCAGCGCCGAGGACGCGUGCAGCUGCGACGCGCUCUGCAUCGCCUACAACACGUGCUGCGCCGACUUCAACGAGCUGUGCAUCCAGCCAGGCUACGCGUGGAACUGCGUCAAGUCGCGCUGUGGGGAGAAGCGCACCAACCAGACGUACUGCAACUGCGCGGACGACUGCCUCGAGCACAGAGACUGCUGCACCAACUACAACGUCGUCUGCAAAGCUUCUCGAAGCCUCCGCUCAUCCUGGUGUCGCUGGACGGCUACAAAGCCGACUACCUCAACUUCGACAAGACCAUCAUCCCCGUGGUGCAGAAACUCCGCACGUGCGGGACCAGCGCGCGCCACCUGAGGCCCAUGUACCCGACCAAGACGUUCCCCAAUCACUACAGCAUGGUCACGGGCCUCUACCCAGAGUCCCACGGCAUCAUCGACAACGUCAUCUACGACAGCGAGUUCAACGCCACCUUCACCUACCGGGGCAAGGAGAAGCUCAAGCACCGCUGGUGGGGGGGGCAGCCCAUUUGGAUCACGGUGGAGAAGCAAGACAAGAAGUCCAGCACCUUCUUCUGGCCAAGCGGCAUCAACCACGACCUGCGCCUGUUCACGAUACUGCGCUGGCUGGACCUUCCCCCAGCCGAACGGUGAGCUCUUUGGCAAAAACCCUCGCGUGGUAAUCCAGCGCCACUAUUCACAUC